CUUUAAUUUCAUAGACUCGAACAAUCGUCAAAAACAUUAAACCCCACUUUGAUUUCUUUCAGCCAACACAUCAGAUAAUCAAUUGUUUUGGUUCCAGCUGACAAAGCUUGUUACAACAUUGUCUUUGUAAGGCUCAUUAUUACAACUGUAUUGUAAACGAAUAUCGCAUUAAUUUCACAUUUGAUAACCGUACUUAUACUCCAACUGCCCUUUCAAAAGAUAAAAUUCUCCAAAAUCGUGCUUCAGUUUUAGACAUAUUAAAUAUCCCAGUCAAUGGGAUGGAUGAAUAAAAAGUGAAUAUAACGAACAAUGUUUAAUUUCACAACUCCUUUAAGAAAUACAAAAGGAAGCGUAGGACAAACAAGGACCCCUGGAUAUACCAGAGGUGGGAUCAUGUGCUUGGGAGGAGUAAGCAUCCGAUGUUGACCCGUCACACCCACCGUGAGACCUAUAUCUUGAUCAGCUGUAUUAGUAAUGGGUAUUGGCAUUAAAUACUUCACUGAGAGGACACUGGUAGUCGGUGGCGCUUUAUUCGGACUGACCUCAAAUAUAGGAAGUGCAUUUGCACCCAAUUCUUCUACCUUAUUUUUCACACAGGGUGUUUUAUUUGGAUUGUCUACCACGUUCGCUCAUCUUUCGUCUACCUUGUUAGUUGGGAAAUAUUUCGAAAGGCGCCGUGGUAUGGCCAAUGGAAUCAUCAAUCUUGGUGGUAGCAUCGGGGGGUUAGCAUGGCCACCAGUUAUCACCUAUUUGUUGAAUGAUUAUGGACUACAAGGCACCCUGCUCAUAGUAGGUGCGGUAUGCCUGCAUCUUAUACCUGUUGGUUUGCUUAUGAGACCAAUAGAUUUGGGUGCAAAAGAAGAAAGUACUCACUCCUUAGAAAUUGCAACAGGCUUCGAAGAAGGCAAUGAACAUUUAGUUUCCCCUUCAAACCAUGACCCAGAAAACUGUUUUAUCGAAACGGAAUCUUCUCAGAUUGAACAAUCAUCUGAGGCAAAAAUUGAAAGGAAUUGCUGUAGACAAUGUUCAUCAUUGAUAUUCAAUUUUGCGCUUUUUAAGAAUUCGAGCUUCCUUCUCCUCGUGGUGAUGUCAUUUCUUGUUUCUUUUGGAUGCGUGCUACCUUUGACUUACAUUCCGCCUUUUGCAGAAGACCGAGGCAUUCAGAGAAAUAGGAUUGGAUAUCUUGUCACUAUUUCUGCAGCAAGUGAUAUUGUCAGCAGAACUAUAUUCAUUUUUCUAGCUGAUAACAGAAAAGUCAAGAGGUAUCAUAUGAUGGCUAUUGGGUUAAUGGGCGGUGGAGUUGUCUGUCUUCUUGCAAACUUUUACACCACUUUCAUAACUAUCUCAGUUUUCAGUGCAUUACACAUCUUCCUCGCGGGAACCUAUUUUUCGUUAAUUAACGUUGUGAUGGUAGAUUUUAUAGGACUAAGGAAUUUGAAUCAUGGUUUAGCCAUGAGUACAGUUACCAGAGGAAUAUCGUCGGCAGUUGGAUCAUUAUCGAUGGGUCUGAUACGGGAUGAGAGUGGUUCGUAUGUCGGUGGUUUCAUGUGGAUGGGUGCUUGUCUAAUCCUGGGAGGACUAUCACUACUUGUCAAACCGUUCCUUUCCAAACGAGCGCCAGAGCAAACACGGACUUCUGAAGGAAAACUCUGAAUUUAUUUUAAAUGCUGACCUAAAUCGACAAUGAAUCUCCAUCUAACAUGGAGAUCGUGAGUUCAAGCACCACUCGUGUCAUGGCAGAAGCAAACGUUCGAAGUAAACACAGACAGAAGAUUUCCUUCGCCACACGCCCAGCAUUUAAAAGUGUGAGUCAUGAGUCUUUCGUACAUGACUUUAAAAUCGGACUCCUCUGUCGCAGCAGAUGGUAUUACGUUUAAGAACCCUCACUGCUUCGACCCUGGGCGCUGACCAUGGGUGACUAUCGCAUAUUCAUGUCUUUAAGCAUAUGUUGCCAACAUAGAUGAUUUAGUAGUUCAUAAAUAGUGUUAUGAAAUUGGUCAUGGUCGUGGAUUAGAAUGGCUGAGGGAGAUAGGAGGGGUUACAUUUGUCUGGAUAUCACCAUAUGUUACACUAAAUCCAGGACUACAGCCCGGAAUUAUUAUAGUGGACAAUAAAUAAAACGUGGAUUAUAUGGGACCGUGUCAUGGAACUGAAGAGGUCAGUUGUGACUGGGUCCAAAGUGAUCACUUAGAGUGGUAGAUCAAGGUUAAGACAACCUUGAACUUAAACGAAAGAGUGUGUAGCAAGAUAAACUUUCAUCGAAACAGUAAAAGAAACUCGUAAUAGUAAUAAGCCUUGAUCAUUGUCUGUCUGUCUGUCAAUUUUAAAAUAAAAUACUAAGUAUCAUUAUGGUCAUUGUUAGAGUAACUUCAGAAUUAUUGAAUUAAAAUGUGUAUUAA